AUUUCUUUCCUUUUCUUCUAAGCACAGCUCUCCUGCUUUAGUUCUUGUUCUUGUUCUUGAAACUAAGUUCCUUGAAUCUUGAUCUUCAGCUGCACACAGAGAGAGAGAAUCCAUGGCUGGUCUUCAACAAUACUACUUUUUCCCAACUGAUUUCUUCUACCCACGUCCGCAAUCAGUUCGUGUAGAUACUGCCCAGAAAUCAGCUCUUCCUCUGCAGAUUCAGAAGCGAGACAUCUCCGAUGAUCUUAAACAUCCUACAAGCUUAAGCCUUGUUCUUUCAGCCAACAAUAACGCCAAUAAGGCUGCUGCUGCUAUUAUCAAAAGCAGAAGUACUUGAUCAUGCAUGUCUAUGGGGAAACAAAAAAAGAUAUUGCAUAUCCAUUUAGCAGAAGCAGAAAGGAGAAAGAAAGAUCGAUCCAUAGGCAAAGCUUCAUACAAAAUCGAUUUAAUCUUUCAAAUAUAUACAUGCUUCAUUUGUAUCUUUCUUCAUUUGUUGGUUAUAUACUUAUCCAAGGAAUUUGCAAUUUUCUCUUUUUUUUAUAA